UGAUUGUGUAAAGGAAAAUCGUCUGUGUGGCAGACAGUUUAAAGGAUUUGGUGGAAGCUGAAAGUAGUUUCUAGAAGUAAUGUGUUCUGGAAUUCAAAGUGUCUGAACGUGAAGAAAGGGUUGAAAAAGCAAAAUAUUGAAACAAGAUCAUCUAAAUCCCUGAACGCGCUCUGGUCUACGGCGCCCCGCCGCAGCCACAGUGGCUGAGAGGAAAGUGAUCAGUGAACAGUGAAAUUUUACGAUCCCGACGAAGAAAGUGAUGCACCGGCUAGAGUGAGCAACGUUUGGUGGUAGCAAAAUUUCCUUUUUUGUGUGUUUUGUUUUGUUUUUGCUUUGCUUUGUUUUCGAAGCCAUCGUUUUCAUAAGUGAGUGUUGAUCGGGAGAGUGGUUAUACCGUGCGUUUAUAGUCCACACUGGUGAAGUGUAGAAAUUACUAAAUUAAGCGUUAAUUAAAACCCACGAAUCUAUUUUACCGUAAAGGAAAAGGUUCACUCGUGCUCGUGGUUGGUUGGUCAGUGUGUGCAAAGGCUAAAAAAAGCGAAACGAGUGCUACAGGUCAGCUGCAGGAGUCUCCAAGUUUUCCAUCAAACAAGUACGAGCAGUGGGGUCGAUUUUCUCUCUCCAUCCUUUCGGCCGUAGCGCUCAGCAGUUGCGGGGGCAGGUUUCGUGGCUGUUCGGUGUGCGAGCUGGGCGAAAGUGACGCACGACGCCGUAAGAAAAUGACCUUCCAUUCCAACGUGCGCUAACGAAUGAUCGCUGUCUCCCGCGCUGAGACGUCGUCAGAAUCGACGAGCGUACGGUCUUGUAAGGCAAGAUCAAUGGCGCCCACCCCAAGUGCCACGUGUUGCUACAGGAGAAGGAUAAGCUGGAUGAGGCAACUGCUCUGCCUGUUGGUGCUGCUGUGCUGCACCGUAAGCACAGUAGUUGGACAGCGUGAUACGAUCUGUCCACCGCAGGACAUAAUACUCCCUUGCCGAUGCUCCCAGCGGGGCAGUGAGAUACAGAUAUGGUGUUCACAUAGUGAUCUGCCACGCGUUUUGAUGGGCCUGAAAGCCGUCUCCAAGUCGAUCAUUCGCCCGAUCGAUGAGCUAAUACUGGAGAACAACUUUCUUCCUUCGCUGCCGGGGCGAACCUUCGCCCCACUAAACAUACUCCGCCUGAUGCUGCGUCACAAUGGGCUGGAGCGGCUAUCGAACGGGUGGCUUAACGAUCUGGACAAAAGCCUGGUCGAGAUCUUCAUAGUGGAGCGCAAUCUGCGCAGCAUACCGGUGGACAGCCUGACGGGGCUGCGCAAGCUCGAAGCGGUCACCAUACAGAGCGAAAACUUGAAGCGUCUGCCCGACUUUUCCGGUCUGCCGAAGCUGCGGUACAUCAACGUGCAGAGCGGGUCGCUGAUUGAGCUCGCCCCGCAGUACUUCCGCGAUCUGGCAAGUCUCGAAACGCUGCACGUGACGGGCAGCAGUAGUUUGAACCGGCUGGAGGCGGGCUUGUUUAACGAUCUGCCCAAGCUGCAGCUGAUCAACCUGUCCGAGAACGGUAUCAGCUGGGUGCAUCUGCGCACGUUCGUUGGACUGCCGGCGCUAAAGACGCUCCAACUUUCCGGCAACAAGAUCACGGAUGCGGGCAUGAUCGGUCGGGCGGUGAAGGACAUACACAAUCUGCAGGUGCUCCGUAUGGAUCGGAACAUGAUAUCGAAGCUGAGCGAGGGUAGCUUUGUGGAUUUGCCUUCGCUGAAGGAGCUGUACUUGAACGACAACGGCAUUACGGAGAUCUUCCACGGUGCGUUCCAUCGGACGCCCAGCCUGAAGUUGGUGCAUCUAGAGAACAACUAUCUGCGGCGUGUGCAUCCCGAAUCGUUCCUGCAGGCAUCGGGUAGCGGCGUCGAGAUGAUGCAUCUGCAGCAGAACGAGAUUGGCCGGGUGGAGGAGUUGCGAUCGCUGCUGGACGCACUGCCGAUGUUGCGGUUUCUCGAUCUCAGCCACAACAAGCUGGAAGCGAUCCCGUUCGGUGCACUGCGCGGCCAUGGGACGCUGGAGCAGUUGUACCUCAACCAGAACCGCAUCCGCAUGAUCGAGCGGGACGCAUUUAUGGCGAUGCCGGGCUUGCGGGAGCUUCGACUACAGAACAACUCGCUGCACGAUCAGCUACCGAUGCCGUUCUGGAAUCUGCCCGGGCUGAAGGGAAUCGACAUAUCGUACAACAGCUUCCGCCGGAUGGAUCCGAAUCUGUUGGUGGGAGUACCAUCGCUCCGUCGGCUGGACAUUAGCGGCAACACACUGUCCGUGAUCGAUGCCGGAGCCUUUACCCACACACCGAUGCUAGAAACGGUAAACAUUUCCUUCAACGAGCUGUCACUCAUCCAUUCAGCAACGUUCCGUGACUUGAACCACAUGUUUGAGCUCGACGCAGGCAACAAUAAGCUGCAGGAGUUCAUUCCAGGUCUCCCGGUGGCUGUGGAGCGAGUUAAUCUGCACGGCAAUAUGAUCACCCAACUACCUCCACCGACCACCGCAAGCCAGUUAUGGGAUUUACCGAACCUUCGAAUGCUGGACAUCAGUGCCAACCAGCUGACCCGUCUGCCAAGGGCCGUCUUUAAACCAACGCCGCAGCUACGCGUCCUCAGUCUAGCCCGCAACCAGCUUCAAUCGGUGGACGAUGGCAGUCUGUCGGGGCUCUCGCGCUUGGAGAUACUGAACCUGCAGGACAAUCGUGUGCUCGCCCUGCACGAACGCUGCUUCAGUCCGCUGGAAAACCUGCGCGAGCUCAACCUCCAAGGCAACCGGAUCGAAGUGCUGGUGGACAAUCUGCUCGACAGCAACGCACUGCUCGAACAGUUCGAUGCGUCCCGGAACAGCAUCGUGGAGAUAUCGCCGAAAGCAUUCCGCAACAGUCGCUCCCUGCAGACGUUAGAUCUUUCGUCGAAUCAGCUGCGAGAGCUGCCUGAAUCGUUGUCCGGGCUGGCCGAGCUCCGGGAGCUGGAUGUAAGCUUCAAUCAGCUGACGGAACUGUCACCCAAUGUGCUGGUGUCGUGGCGCAAUUUGGAAGAGCUGAAGGUAUCCAACAAUAAGGUAAACCAGCUACACCAGGGAUCGCUCAGGAACUUGCCGCUGCUACAGUAUCUGGAUCUUUCGAGCAAUGAGUUGACGCUGCUGGAGCACGGGUCGCUGAGAAAUCUGCCAGAACUGCAAGAGCUUGUGCUGGCGGACAACAAGUUGAGCGAGUUGAAGGAGCGCGUCUUUGAGGAUCUUCCCAAUUUGCAGGCCGUACAUCUGCAACAGAACAACCUGCGAUACAUCUCCCCGUACAGCUUCUUCCGAUCGCCCUCGAUCGUGUACCUUAACCUUUCCGCCAAUCAAUUCCGCAGUCUCGACAGUGUUGGUCUGAGAAGUGUACGGAACUUGGAGGUACUUGACCUUACUGGGAAUAGUAUACGCAAGAUCACACCGAGCCCGCUGCGCGGACUAGACUGGUUGGUGGAGCUGAAGCUGGACAAUAACAAGAUUUGUGGCAUCCAGGGUGAACCGUUCGCGACGAUGCCACGGUUGCGGGUGCUCAGCAUGCGCAACAACCAGAUGUCACGCGUGCCGGAGCCGAUCUUUCGCAGUUUGCGCACGAACAUUGCCAUACUGGAUGUGGAUGGUAAUCCUUUGGAUUGUAGUUGCGAUAUGCUGUGGUACAUGGCUUGGUUGCAGGAAAGUCGAAGUCUUUACCCUGGACCACGCUGUAGGGAUGGGAAGAUGCUGCUAGACAUGCGACUGUCGCGCACUGACUGUCAGUCGGGAGCCAGAACGGCACCAUCCGGCCAUCAGGGAGAUCAUCCACUGACGAACGAUCAUGGCGAUGUGUUUGUCCGGGCGCUUGAUUACGACGAAUGUGCUGGUUCAGAAAACUACGAACUUCCACCAGGCCCCACUCCUCCCUUCCACGCAGGUUCACCAUCUCCCGGUGAUAGUGACUAUUUCUACGACCAGUACGUCGACUACCCGAACGCGCUGAACGAUACCCGACUAGCGAAUGGGCAACGCUUCAACAACACCACACCGUUCGCGCAAGAUCCGCAGCAAGAUCGACGGAACUACACCACCAACUUUGUCGACUUCAACAACAACAAAUUCAACCAGUUCCAAAGGCCACCGGGAGGCGCUCCACCACUACCACCACUACCCCCUGGGGGCCAAGAUUCCGGCUCCCCGUUCACCUUCUUCGGGCUGCCCAUACCGAGCCUAAACAUUGGCAAAAUGUUCGGUGGAGCAGCCGGUCGCAACGCAAACAACCGUGCUUCGGGCGGAUCCCGCGCCAAGGGACGGGUGCAGGUGUACAAGCAGGGCGAACCGGAACAGAGCACCAUCUAUCGGGCCGACGGUGGCAAGACGGAGUCCACGGUAACGCUCAAAGCGCCGACCGAUCCGCUGGACAAAAAUGCGGGCGCUACCAACGAGAACAAUCUCUUCUACCGGCCCUUCUUCCAGACAUCCUACCGGCAGCCGCCCUCGGUGGACGUCCAGCAGGGUGGCUUUACACCGAUGCUACCGGGAGCGGUGGGUGGAUUCACGCCCAUUACGGAUCCGACGCUGAAAGUCAUCAACCAAAACUACACACACGAACCGCCGGGCAAGUGGCCGACCGAGUUUAACGAGCGCGUACCGCUCGUUACCGAACCGACGCGCUAUCUGCAGCAGAACAAGUUUGAGGCGACGAUUAAACCGUCUCACAACAGUGCGCCGUACUUUGUCGAUGGUAUAACGCAUCACAUACCGGGCAAGCAGGACGUGGUCGCUUCUCCGCCGAUGGUUCCGAAGCGUCCCGAUGUUAGCGAGAAGCUUAGCAGUGCGGGUGGAAGUAAUUCGACCGGCUCGGGUGUGCCCCAUUCCGAGAUGGAGGAAGAGGACGAAGAAGAGGACGACGAGGGAGAGGCGGUAGAUGAAGACGAGGAAGCGGCCGAAGACGACGAAGACAUCGAUGGGAAGGUGAAUGCUCAGCCAGGAUCGUCACACAACGAUCAUGAGCUUACCACACGACUUUCGAUCGAGCUGGCCACCCCAACGAUCGGAUCGACCGUUGGCGGAGGUUUCAACAAAGCUUUCACCACACCCAACCCAAUGAUCCGUGAGCUGGCCCGCACACCCAACCGUCCCGAGCUGUACGACAGCACCAGCAACACGCCCUCGUCACUGUCCGCGCUCAUCGCGCCCGGCCAACCGCACAGACCGCCGCCCGGCAAGGGCAUGGUCGAGAAAGUGCCGGCGCCCGUCUCCUCCACCGUUACACCGUACUUUCCCAACACUACGCCCGGCGCGCCGCACCGGGUAGUGCCAAAGAUCGAAACGGACGCCGGUGGUGGCGAUCGCCAUUUCGGCUCGCCGAACAUUAUCGAUCUGUCCCCGUCCAGCCACCAUCAUGGCGGCGGGGCGGACAGCGUCAACGAGAUCCGCAAGCGGGAGGAUAUGGACUGGUACUUUGCCAACUACAACCACACGCAGCAUUACGAUUUCGACGAGCUCGAGAUUAAUAGCUUCCGCAGUGGGGCUGGUGCGAUGGUGCAACGGGGGCUCUUGGUCGCCCCGCUGGCUGUGGCCAUCCAUACGAUUGUGGGGCGAGUGGGACGAAUAGUAUUUUAGAGGAUGGGGGAUGGGGUACGGCUCGGGAGCU